AUGUGGAAUCAAAAGCCGUGUUUCAGGUGUGAGAUAGAUAACUUCUCGGAAAAGGAAGCUCUGAUAACGUCUCAGGUGUUCGUGAGUGGCGGAUGCAAAUGGUUUCUCAACGUUCAUCCGAAGGGAGAUAGAGUUUUUAAAUUUAACGAGUACUUGUCUUUGUACCUGAACGUCGCAAAUCCUAAAUCGUUGAGAAAUGGAUGGAAAAGGACUGCUAAUUUUUACUUCGUUCUGCACAAUCAAUCCGACAAAGAGUUCUACAGAUCACCAAUUGGAGGACAAGAAAGCACCGAGUUUUGCGCUGAGACUCCAUCCUGGGGUUGGCCAUAUUCCUUGGCUCGUAGCAAGCCUCAGGAAAAAGGAUAUUUGGAGAACGACAGACUCAUCAUUGAAAUCUACAUUAACAAUGUUGACGCUUUGGAUGGAGAAGGAGAGGAUGUAUCAUUAGAGAAGGAUGAGACUGUGGAAAAUAACGGUUUUCAUGUUUUUGCUUCUCAGGUUACUCCAGUGACGAAGAUAUUCAAGGAGCACCCUGACAUCGCAGAACAUUUAAAAGUGAAAAACCAAGUUGUGAAGACAGUAUACAUGAAUGUCCUCCGCAAUGCUCACAGCGAGUUGAGUGAGCUGGAGGAAGUAGGUUUUAAGAUAGACUGGUUGAAGUUAAAACUUGCUGAGGUUUCCUUGAAGGGCAAGAAAGAAAUUACUGACGUGAUCCAGCAAUUCAGGGAGCCAAAGGUUGAGGAGGUUUCCUUGGGGACGAAGAAAUCAGAUGAUGAUGACGGGUCUCGGGUCCAACAACUAGAGGAACGCCUCAAGAAUCUUGAGCUCAUGGAAUUGGACUUCAAGUUGGACUGUAUGAACUCAAAGCUUGAGGAAGUUUCCUUGGAGAAGAAGAAAGCAGAUGCUGAUUGGUAUCGGGUCCAACAACUAGAGGAAAGCGUCAAGAGUCUUGUGAUUAUGGUGUCGGAUCUCAAAGUUGAACUGGACAAAAAGACGACCAAAUAUUCUACUGAUGGAUUUUUGUUGGUUGACGAGGUUGCUUGA